AUGAUAUGUGUUAAGGCCAACAAGCUUCACAUCGCAGAAGCUGUAGAUGAAACACAGAAAACAAGUUCAAAUUGUGUUUUGUUCUUUUAUAGAAAACUAGCUAACAAGCUUCACAUCGCAGAAGCUGUAGACGAAACACAGAAAACAUGUUCAAAUUGUGUUUUGUUCUUUUAUAGAAAACUAGCCAACAAGCUUCACAUCGCAGAAGCUGUAGAUGAAACACAGAAAACAUGUUCAAAUUGUGUUUUGUUCUUUUAUAGAAAACUAGCCAACAAGCUUCACAUCGCAGAAGCUGUACACGAAACACAGAAUACAAGUUCAAAUUGUGUUUUGUUCUUUUAUAGAAAACUAGCUAACAAGCUUCACAUCGCAGAAGCUGUAGACGAAACACAGAAAACAUGUUCAAAUUGUGUUUUGUUCUUUUAUAGAAAACUAGCCAACAAGCUUCACAUCGCAGAAGCUGUACACGAAACACAGAAUACAAGUUCAAAUUGUGUUUUGUUCUUUUAUAGAAAACUAGCUAACAAGCUUCACAUCGCAGAAGCUGUAGACGAAACACAGAAAACAUGUUCAAAUUGUGUUUUGUUCUUUUAUAGAAAACUAGCCAACAAGCUUCACAUCGCAGAAGCUGUAGAUGAAACACAGAAAACAUGUUCAAAUUGUGUUUUGUUCUUUUAUAGAAAACUAGCCAACAAGCUUCACAUCGCAGAAGCUGUACACGAAACACAGAAUACAAGUUCAAAUUGUGUUUUGUUCUUUUAUAGAAAACUAGCUAACAAGCUUCACAUCGCAGAAGCUGUAGACGAAACACAGAAAACAUGUUCAAAUUGUGUUUUGUUCUUUUAUAGAAAACUAGCCAACAAGCUUCACAUCGCAGAAGCUGUACACGAAACACAGAAUACAAGUUCAAAUUGUGUUUUGUUCUUUUAUAGAAAACUAGCUAACAAGCUUCACAUCGCAGAAGCUGUAGACGAAACACAGAAAACAAGUUCAAAUUGUGUUUUGUUCUUUUAUAGAAAACUAGCCAACAAGCUUCACAUCGCAGAAGCUGUACACGAAACACAGAAUACAAGUUCAAAUUGUGUUUUGUUCUUUUAUAGAAAACUAGCUAACAAGCUUCACAUCGCAGAAGCUGUAGACGAAACACAGAAAACAAGUUCAAAUUGUGUUUUGUUCUUUUAUAGAAAACUAGCUAACAAGCUUCACAUCGCAGAAGCUGUAGACGAAACACAGAAAACAUGUUCAAAUUGUGCCAACAAGCUUCACAUCACAGAAACUGUAGACGAAACACAGAAAACAAGUUCAAAUUGUGUUUUGUUCUUUUAUAGAAAACUAGUACGGUGUCCUUUUAACGGCGAUCAUAAAAUGCCCAAAAAAACACUCUUAUUACAUUUAACCAGACUUCAUGGAUAG